AUGCGUCGUCUUGGUAAUACAAAUGCUCCAACUAAUAUCGAUGUUGAAUCGCUGGGUUCAUCUGGACUCUACGACGUUGUAAAUGUUUCCUCAAUUGUGCCAAUGUUUGAUGAAGAAAGCUCGUUUAAAUUCGAUGAUUCUGCCUGGAAAAUCAAAAUGGCGAGCAAUGAGCGUUUCCUGGUUAUCGCAUCCUGCAACGAUCUUGCCGUAUUCACUCUUGGCGCUACUCCCGAGUACUUUUACACAACGGGUCUCGGAGGUGUCAUCAAUGAUCUCGCAAUAAUCGGUGAAUCAUCGUUUAUUGCCGUCGCCAUCAAUUCGAACAAGCUCAUUAUAUUAUCUAUGGAGAAAAAAGAAAUCUAUACUAAUCAAGAGCUUCCAUGCAAUGUCGACUUUAUACACACAUCUUCUACUCAUAAAACAUGCAUUUUAACUGUUGGAAACUAUCAGGGACAAUUCUAUCAUACGACAAUGAAUGCCGAGAUAGCGAAUCCAAAAGAUUCGAAUCCAUUUGAAGGCCUUCCCCGUGCAAAUAUUCUUGAAUUUUUUGCUAAAGCAAUGGAAUCAACUGUAAUGAGAACUGUGAAUAUGGGGGAUAUCAGCUCGAAAAUUGACAAUAUUUCAGUUGGGGCUGGCCAUUUUCUAGGGACUGUUAAUGACAAGAAGGGAUUGAAGUGGUGCGACCACAGUUCGGCGGAUUUUUAUGAUUUAGCUGAUGAAGUGAAAUGGGUGCGAAUUCGGGAUACUGGAAGAUUUGCGCUAUUCCUUUCCGAAACUGGAUUUAUCCAUGUGUUUGAUCCAUUAACAAUGUUUUUCGUCGCCGAGUUCGAUGUCAAAAUUAAUUCGAGAGACAAAAUUCUUGAUUUCAUUGUAAUUGACCACAAUAUGGACGAAAUUCCGCAUUUAUUCGCAGUUGUUAUCGAACGAAAUGGAACUACUCAAAUGAUGAUCAUUGAUAGGCUCAAAAUGGAAGAUUGCUUCUCAUUUCCAUGUGCUUCCAAAACUACAUUAUUCUCAUACUCAGGAAGUGAACGAGUUUUGAUGGCCAUUGAAGAAACUGCUCCUGAAGAUAAUGAUAUUAAAAACUCGUCCAUCGCUGUUCUCCAAGUCUCUCAAUCUCGACCAGAGAUGAGAUUUGAAGCCCUCCUCAAACAUCGAAAAUUCGAUGAAGCGGAGAAAUUUGCGAAAACUUACAAGCUUGAUCUUCAACGUGUCUACAAAUCUCGCGUCAGUCAUCUCACGGAAAACUGCGACACUGAUGACGAAUCAUUUGCGGAUCUUAUGAAGACUCUUGACUUGAUUUCCGAUCACAAUAUGGUUGCGGAGACUUGCUUCUCGCUCGUUCAAAUGAGCACCAGAUACGAUCGAAUACACAGCUACUUGUCAUAUGCAAAAAAACGAAGAAUUACUGAUCCUGAUACUAUGACAAUGAUUGAAGAUGAGUGCUAUAUUUUGGCUACAUUCCGUAUAAUUCGAGGCCCUGAAGUCGAAGAUUCCGCAUUGAUUACUCGCUCGUGGCCGUUAUUCGUUGAUGCCUUACACGGAAAUGAUCAAUGGGUCGACCUUUAUUUUGAGUUUGUCGACAAUGGCGCGAUUACUGAAGCUCGAGUGAUUUGGGAAAGACAUGAGAAGGUACUACGAUCAUAUGUCGAAGAAUGUGCACUGAAUGGUGAAGUCGAGAAGAUUGAUGAAAUAUUCGCCAAGUUUGUCAAUUCUUUAAAUGCGAAUAUUCAGAGUUGGAGCAGUAUUGUCGAGCAUUUAACUCUCGAUAUGCUACCGUCUUGCAUUCAAGAGUCUGAAUUGUUAGUACCACGAAUCGAGAAAGUUAUAAUCUCGCUUAUUGGCCUUUUGGAAUACCGCGAUGCUCAGAACUGGCCGGAUAAUGCUAUCAAAGCUGCGAGUUGCUUCGACUACAUGACCGAAUUCUUGUCGGAGAACGCAGUUACUCCGAUAGAGCAGUCGAUGCUUGCUUUGUAUGGAAAAAUUUUGUGCAUCGUCGAUGCUGAAAAAUCGACACCAAUUUUAAGAAUGAAGAAGGUGUAUUAUACGCUCCAACAAAUCAAGCGACUCAAAGAGGUUUAUGAAUGCAACAUGAGUUUUUCGACAUACGUGGCUAGCACAUCAGAAGAGAUUUGCCAUCGAAUUCUUCAAAACGCGCUCAUCAAUCCGAAUGUGACACAUCUUAAAAUUGAGCAGUUUGUGAAACCGUUUAUGAAUGAGCGUCAUCUCAAUCAGGAUCAAACCAUAUUCAAUUAUAUCAAAUUGAUGUCGGAAAUGGCUAACUCUGGUGGUUUUGCUUAUAAGGGAUGGGAAGUGCAGUGUGUUCAAUUAUGCGCAAGUUUGACCGAUGAAUCGAGAAGAUGCCGAUCGAUUAUCUCGAUUUCGGCGGCCGCUGUGAUGCCGUGGCCUUCGGAGUUGAAUAAAGCGGUGCAGGCGAUUCUGAAAAGCAAGACACUGUCAAGAUCAGAAAUCGAGGAAAUGCAGAUUGUUUGUCGUCGUGCGGAACUCAAUCAUUUAUUAUUCACGUAUGAAUUCAAACGAAAUUUCAUCGACAAAUUUCUUGAUGACGACUCGACUGCUGAAAUCAUUCUGGUGAUCCGAUGCAUUCUCGCGCAGACACUCCAAUCAUCGAGAUUCGUCGAUUGCAUUAAAGUGCUCGAAUUGUACACACUGGUGCAGAAUAGCGAUUGGCGAAAGUCGGUGCAAAUCGAGUUUGCCAAGUCGCUCGCCAUUAUGCACAUGAUUCGUACAGGCGUGAUGACAACGACAAUUAUCAAUCAUGUGAACGAAUUGGAAGAGAGAGAACGCGGAACUGUGAUCGAGUUGAUCGCCUCGUUCGUGGCAAGUGUUGCUGACACUCCAGCAUGUAUGACGAAUAUUGCUGAUCGUCAAUUGGUUCUCGGCGUUGGAGAAGAACUUAUUUCCUAUUUUGCCGGACGAAACGGAUCUAAAGAAAUGAAAGAGCUGCGAAAGAAAUUGAUUCUUAUCCGCGAACUUCAGAAGGAUGAGAACCCGGCGGUUUUGUUGUCCGAUUUUGACGAUGUUGAAUGGAAACGCUGUCAGCUUUGCGCCAUGGUCAGAGAGGAAUCAAGCUAUUUUGACAAAUACGCGAAAUGCCAAUAUUUGGGAAUAUCGAGCGCUGAUUUGCUCACUUAUAUGUUGUCGAAAGCCGAAGCCGAGAACGACGCUGAAAAGAUUAGCGAGAUAUUGUUGGGCACCGUGGAUUGUGUUGGAAUCUGGAUGCCUUCGACGACCGAAAUGGUUGGAACGAUUUGCGAUUCGUUGGCAUGGGUGAUAUUCAGACUGCCAACGUUAUCUGGCGAAGCUGCGGAUGCAGAUCGCGCUGAUGACAUCGCGUUUGUCAUGCAGCGUCUCACUGAAAUUGUUCGUAAAAUGCUUCAGAAAUUCGAUUUUGAGACAAUUUCAAACGAGCUUGAAUAUCUGCUGCAGCUCGAAGGCUACUUGCAUAUCGGCGAGCGAGUGUUGAAACAGUCACUUCGCGGAAACGAUUCGAAUACGCCGAACACGAAAGACGAAUGGAAUCAGAACGCCGAAUCGGAGAAUAAUGGCGGAACGCGUAUUUACGGGUUUGCACGCGGUCAUUCGAAUUAUGAUUUCACAAGUGAGCCGACAUUGUUCGAAGGUGUCGCGGCGUUGUUGGCGUUCGCCGGCGCUGCACCAUCUGUUUCGAGGCCAUUCUCUGCCGCGUUGACCGAAGAUGACGCGAACGAGUAUCGUGCUACUUGGGAAAGUCUCACCAUGUUUUUUGGAAUGCACUCGCAAGGCCUUCUUGAUAUUCAUUCACGCGUAUUUGCCAGUUCAUUGAAAUGCUGGUCGGGAGAAUGGCGUCAAGCAAUCGUUGAAAUGAAUGACAGUGUUGUGUCUGUGGUCGAUCGUAUGAUUCAACAGAAUCGAUUCGACGCUUGGCAUGCCGUCGGUCUUUUGUCGAUGAUGUCACCGGCGAAUCUUCCACAUAUGAUGAUGAAGUUGCGAUGUUCCGAUGUUUCGAAGCGAAACACGCAGUCACAGCUCAAUUUCUUGCAACUCGCCUACUUCAUAUCGCUGAUGGUGGAAAAUUCGGAAAUGCGGCCUCAAAUUGUGGCCUCUUACGAACAGAAGUUCCUAAUGAAGCAGCUUGCGAAAGAAGGAAUACGAGCGGUUCUUGGAAAAUCGUCGGAUACUGUUGAUAAAAUUAUUGCUCAAGCCGCCGAACUCAAGAAUCCAUUGGCUCCGGAUCGUCUUCAUGAUUUUGUUCAAAAAAUUGUUGAGAAAUUUAUGAGAAGCAGCAAGAUUACAUCUGAACGCGAUAAGACGACCGUUUCCGAAUAUAUGAUUCGAUACGCGUUCAUCCUUGUCCGAAAAGCAUCUGACGCCGGAAAUGCGCCGGAUUCAUUACAACGAUGUGAGGAAAUCAAUCGAUUCCUCGAGUUGGCCGAUUCUGCGCUUCGUCUUGUAGAUGAUGAAGAAUCUGACACGUUAUGCAACUACCUCACGUGUCUCCUUUAUCUCGUUUGCCCCUACAAUUACGAGGUUAUUCAAUUUAUUGCACGACAUAUUCAACUUCGUGCCUCCGAGGAACUCGAUAAAGAAUUUUGCAAGAACUUAAUUCAUCUUAUGGAGUUCUUCUGGAAUUACAGUCGUACUAGUCAUGUUACCCAAGAGGAAUCGGUGUGGUACACGAAACGUGAGCACAGCAUUGUGAAGUGUGAGAAGGAAUACGCAAAGGGUGGAUGCCGAGUCGCUGAUGUGAUGGGAAUGGAAAUACGAGCAAGAUAUGAGGGAACGAACGAAGCACACUCGAGCUCGAUUCUUUCGUCAGACUUCACGUGCUCGAAUGACGGCGGAAUGGUUUAUGAGAAGAAUGAUGUGAUUAUUAGCGAUAUUCCGCCGUUGGCGAAUAAACGGAUUCCGCUUCAUGUGUUCCUUAUGAGGAUGAAAGAGGAUCUUGAUGAAAUUGUGAUGCCUAUUCUCAAAGCGGAGUUGUCGAUUUACAACGUGCCAAUGUGGCAGGCGGUUUUGCGAAACAUCUCAUGGUUGUCGCCGAGAUUCUCACGAACUCAACUUCUGUCGUCAGCUAUCUUCUCGCACGCGAAUCGAUUUGCAAUGGUCGAGCGAAGUUUGCCACAAGCCGACAAAAACGCGAUUUAUCACCUUCUCAACAAUGCCGCGCAGCGUUCGGUGGUCAUCUCGACGAUCGCGUUGUUGUUCCGAAAGAUUGUACUCAGCGAUGUCAAAAUUGAGCUUCUUCAGAUGGGCGUUGAACUUGCCGAACGAUGGAUUGGAAUGGAGAAUAUACAGCCUGAAGAACGUGAUAGUUUGGAAGAACAAUGCUUCAGACUCAAAGAUGGAAUCGCAAAGUUCUCCACUGAGUUGACAUUGAAAAAGAACGGAAUGUUCAACGAGAAGACUUCCGAUAAAAUUGAGAAGGUUGAGGAACUUUGCGCGUUGAUUUAUGAAGAGAUGAUUGAGUGGAAUAAUACGACGGAUGUUGCUUCGAAAUGUGCGAUUGUUGAACAGAUUGCGACAGCCAAUUCGGUGGACUUGACCGCAUUCCAUGAGAAGUAUCUGUUUGAUUGGAUUCAGUCGCAGCACAACUCUGGAAAUCAGUUUAGCAACGUCGACAUGAAUGACACGCUUGGCGACAUUUCAGUAUGUUUGGACGAGGUCAAGGAGGAGAAUCAUCGAUCCGACGAUAUUCUCCGAUUGCCGCUCUUCGAGCGAAACUUGCAGAAAAUGGUUAUCGUCAGCGAGCGAAUCGAUCGCAAGAAACUCUUAUUGCGGCUUGCAACGAUUGUUUGCAAAGGCGCGGAGCACGCUGUUGGAGGAUAUGAAGCUGUUGUGAAGGCGUCUUGUCUGAUUCUUCGCAUUUUCAAUGAUGAAGAGCUCAUCAAUUUCAACGAACAGUUUUCACACAACUGGAUUUGUAAUAAUUUGAUUCAUCAAGCUUAUCAGCGACUUCUUUCGUUGACAAAUGUGAAGGCUAAUUUGGAUUCGGAUCGGAAGCAGAUUAUCAAGUCUCUUCUCCAAUGUCCUAGUAGAACAGCUCCGAUGACGGCUACAAUCGCUUGUAUGAUGAUCGACGAACAGUACAAAGAUGUGAGAAGCAUUGAGCAAGUAAUGGCUCGAUUGCAAAUUGCGAAGCAGUGGGAUGUGUUGAGAGCAUUGUUGAAUUAUGCGAUUUCGAGUGACGAGUACACCAAAAUUCGAUCUCUUCCUUUGCUUUGGUUCAGAGUCUACGAAAAUACAAUCAUGUCGAUUAAUGGUGGAACAAUAGCGAAAAAGGAAUGGACGAAUUCUCAAUGUGUGGCAUUCCGUCGACAAACAAUUUGGGCUAUGGGAUGCAAAAUGGAAGGAGGUCGACAACCGAGCAUCUCGAGAUUCCUUCGAGACAUUUCGUGCACCGUGUCCGCCUCAAUUAUUUCGGUGUUGUCGAGUUUUACCAUUGACAAAAUGGACCGUGUUGAUCGGAAACAUUUGAUUGCCGAAAGGGAUUUACCGCUGCUUUGGGCUGGAAAUUCAUGUGAAUAUAACGAUGAUACUAUGGAAUGCUAA